AUGUUAGGCUCUUUUGAACAAGAUUUCAGUAAUUUAGCAAUAUCAAAUGAUUGUGUACAGAACCAAAGUUAUGGAAAUUUGGGAUAUAAAACAGUCGAUUUGCCAUCAGUAAUUCAUAACUAUCAAGCUAUUAAUUCUGAAAAUAAAAGAGAUAAUUUGCUAUUAGUGGAUUAUGAUAGCCAAAGUUUUAGUUCAAAAAAUGAGACAAAUUCACAAGAUUCUCUAAGAGAUGAUAAGUCAAAUGAAAGCUCCACACUAUUUCGAAGUAGAAGAUUAAAAAAAACAGUUAAUAAUAAUAAACAACAUGAACAGUCUUCUGCAACAAUAAACUGUCAAUGGCAUAUUAAUUUUAACAACUGCAAGGGAACUACUGAUAUUGUUUGUACUUCAUUUGUUGAUAGCUAUAACUAUGAAUUGAAUUCCUUAAUUACUCAAACGGCACCACGUUUUUGUAAAUUAACAAAGAAGAUGCUUAAGGACAUAGAAUUUUAUACCUGUUCUACAGAGGGUAUUAGUGCUACUUUACAUUACAAUCUCUUAAAAGCAAAACAUCCUGAUAAUUAUAUUAAUAAAAAAGAUGUUUUAGAACAAUUAAAUAAUGCAACUAAUGGAAUUACUCCAAAGAAUAUCUAUUCAGAUGCUAACUUGGCUAUGGACUUUUUUGUCAUUCUUGAAAUAGCUUGUUUGAAAUCAACUUUGAGUGCUACUAGGCAUGAUUUAUUGAAUUUCUUAAACCAUUCCCCAAAGCAACAUGAAGAGUUCAUUUCAGCAAAAACAUGUGAGCUACAACAGAUAAAAGAUGAGAAAAAAAUUUAUAAAAAUAUGAGUGAAUUGCAACAAGCUAUCAAAGAAGAAGAAUUUGAUGAAAAUACAAUUGAAAAACAAGUUGCAAACCUAUUUGUAACCAAACGUUGGGGCUGGCUACCAAAAUGA